UACUACAUGAAACAACUUCCGAUACCGGUGUUGCUGCAGCCGAACAUGGCGGUUCCCCUAGAAGUGAUUGUGACCAGUGACUCAAGCUCGCAGCUAUGGAACACCACAGUGUUCGACCUACACAGCGGGUCCAGUUUAAUAUCGUAUCGCGGCGGUAACAGCACGAGCCGUACAUUGACCGUGCUGCGCGGGGAGUUUCUGUUGUCGGCGCAGCUGGGCAAGAAUUUCAUAAACGCAUGGGAGAUCCAGAGGAAGGACCAACUGCAACAGAAAAUUGUGUGUCCUGGUGUGGUCACCUGUAUCACGGCUUCUCCUAAUGGACUCUUUCUUGCUGCUGGAGUCAAUGAGGCCAUUUACCUGUGGGAGGUGGCCUCAGGAAAGCUGAUGUCUAUCCUCACUCGUCACUACCAGGAUGUUACCUGUCUGAAGUUCACAGACGACAGCAGCCAUUUUGUUUCUGCAGGAAAAGACAACCUAGCUUUGGUGUGGAGUCUUAGCCGCUUGAUCCAGCUGGAUUCAAACCACACCCCUGAACCUUGUCAUGUCCUGUCACGUCACUCUCUACCAAUCACAGACCUGCACUGUGGUCUUAUGGGAGUUCAAGCAAGAAUUGCCACUGCAUCCUUAGAUCAAACAGUCAAGGUGUGGGAGUUGUCCUCUGGUGAACUCCUGUUGUCAAUUCUCUUUGACGUGGAGAUCAUGUCUGUAACCUUUGACCCCUGCGAGUACUUCCUAUUUUGUGGAGGGAGUGACGGAAACAUUUUCCAAGUGUCUCUUUGCAGCCAGAGUCUUAGUCGAGACAAAUCCUUCCAGGCCGACCACAGUGGAAACCAGGUUUUCAAAGGUCAUAGAAACCAGGUAACGUGUCUGUCUGUGUCAAUGGACGGAUCUCUCUUGCUCUCUGGGUCACAUGACGAGACAGUUCGUCUCUGGGAUAUUCAGAGUAAACAAAGCAUUCGCUGUCUCACACACAAAGGUCCGGUGACAAACGCCUUCAUCAUGGCCGCUCCAGCGAACAUGUUUGUGCCCGAUAGUCGGCCUGCUGUCCCUCUGCCUCGUUUCAGCCGUCAUGUUCAGACUUCUGAGGCCAACAGCGGUGUGUCAGAAGAGGUUUGUGUGCGGCUAGGCCUUUACACACAGGAGGAGGAAAGGUCAUACCUGGAGAAAGCUGAGAGACUGAACUCAUUAAUGAAUGCUGUGACUGACAAGUCUGUCUUCCGUGAUGGUGAAAACACAAAGGUUCGUGUGGCAGAGUUAGAAGAGGAGGUUCAGACUUUGAAGAAAAUAAACAAAGAUCUUUACGACUUCUCUCGUGAACUGUUGGCAAAGCCUACAUAAACCAGCACAUUCAUGUGUGCACAAGUUCAGUUCUAAUAAAUGUUUGUUUUUUGUAAA